ACCCAUCGAUGGUGUCUGAGCCUCCUACAGGCUGAGCAGCCCUAGGUUCAGCCCCUCGGUUAGCCUUGUGUGUGCCGCUGGCAGUGUUGGUUUGUGUCCCUCUCGCUGCCGCCGCUGCCCCGUGAAAAGGGAAACUGCGCUCUGGAAACGCUCACAGUAGUCUGCUGAUGGGAAUUACCGUUUGUCAUCGUGAUUAAUAAGGCAGAGACUUGAAAUGAACUUCAAGUCCAUGGACUAGUUGUGUUAUUAAAGUUGUUAAUUACUUUGGAAAAAAAAAAAAAAAAAAAUGAAUCCUGAGGAAGAAGCAGCUGUUCUGUUGAGCCUCCUUUAACUGAGGACUGAAAAUGCCAACAGUUGAAAGUGAGGCGAAAGCAAAAACCAAAGUUCGCUUUGAGGAAAUCUUCAGACAUCAUGCUGGCCUGGCAGACAAAAAGAAUUCAAGGAAAAAGAAGUCCCACUCUCAGGAGAAUAUUGUGCUUGACACUUUUAGAAGUAACAUCGAUCUAACAAAGGAAAGUGGGCAUGAUGAAGCAAUUAUAAACAACACGUACAAUCCUGAAGAAGAGAGUCCCCGAUUUACAAAAAAUAAACUCAGAGAGAAAGCAUCAAUCGCAGAGAAAAUAAAUAACGAUGUUGUUAGUGGAGAGACGAGCAAGCAAACAAAGUCUAACAAGAAGAAAAAGAAAUCGUUGUUACAAGAACAAUUUAAUGAGGAGGAAAAUUUAUGUGAGGCUGAAUUGGAGAGUUUUGGAAAAAAGCUUAAUGAUUUUCCAAAGAAAAAGACAAAAAGUAGAUCACAAACAGACAUACCUCAUCAAGGAGGUGAUGGAAAGGCAAAAAAUUCCUUCACUGAAGUGAGAAAUGCAAUUGAAUUAGAAGAGGAAGAAGAGCUAAUUCAAGCCUAUCAGUUGCAUGUGGCUGAGAAUGAGAUAAAUGCAAUUAAAAAGAAAAUAAGGAUGAAACUUAAAGAACAGGUGUCUGAAUUUACCUCUGCUGUUCAAAGCAAUGAAGUUGCACUGAGUGACGAAGUGGGCAAAAAGAAGAAAAAGAAGAAAGAAGUAGCAGUUGUAUGCAAAGCUGAAACAAGUGCAAUGUCCCUUUCUGAGCUGCAGCAUCAUCCAGCAGAAGGUAAUAAUGAAAAUCAUUUAUUGGAAAGAGAAUUUGUAUCAGAAGAACAGAACCUGGAGGAAAGCAUGGAAAAACAGAAACCUAAAGCAAAGAAGGUUAAAAAGAAAACCAAAAAAGAAGAUAACACAGGAGUUUCUGCAGAAAAUGAUGAAGAAAUGAGGACUUCAGAAAUUUCAACUCAGUCUAAAUUUGGUUCUGAUGAUGAUCUUGUGUUGGGAGUUUAUAUCCAUCGAUCUGAUCGACUUAAGACUGAUCUUGUAUCUCAUCCUGUAGUUAAAAUCCAUAUCGUUGAUCAGAAAAGUGGCUUAUAUGUCAAAAAGGAACAUAGGGAGAGGAAAGUUGUGUCUUCCAACGAGGAAGAGCAAAUCGACCACAUUCUUCCUAUUAUGACACAGCCAUAUGACUUUAGACAGUUUAAAUCAACAGUCCCAGAUUGGGAGGAACAAAUCAUAUUUAAUGAGCGCUUUAAUUAUUUUAUUCAAAACACUGAGGAAAGCCCUCAAGUAAUUCUGUUUUUUGAGAUCCUUGAUUUUCUAAGUAUGGAUGAAGUGAGAGUCAACUCUGAUGCACAAAUUCAGAACUGUGGUUUCCGAAAAAUCUGCUGGGCAUUUCUAAAGCUUGUUGGUGCAAAUGGAGUUCUAAACGUUGAUGGAAGACUCCGUCUGCAAUUGUAUUACCCACCUUCAAAGACCAGGUCACAUUCAGACGUUGUUGAAGUUUAUGACUGGUGGGCAAAAUGUCCUAGAAGUCGUUACCCAUCAACUUUAUAUGUUACUGUAAGAGGCAUAAAACUGCCAGAUCAUGUUGCCCCUUCUUUCCAUUCUAUGGUGGCUGUUCAACAGGAACAAAGUAGUGCAACACUGUGUGAGCUCCGUGGGGAGGGAUCUAAAAGAUCAUGUGAAGUCAGUUCUCUAGAGGAGAAAAAAGAGCAGCUGAAGUGGUCAAGGCUUCCUGGACAGGCUUGUCGCAUUCCAAACAAACAUCUGUUUUCACUGCGAGGUGGAGAUAUGGGCUGUUUCUGUAUUCGUUUCUCUCACGAUGGAAGAACCCUGGCAGCAGCAUGUGCAGGAAAGAAUGGCUAUCCCAUUGCUUUGUAUGAAAUUCCUUCUGGACAGUUCCUGAGAGAAUUCUAUGGUCACCUUAACAUAGUGUAUGAUCUUUGUUGGUCAAAGGACAGUCAACACCUUCUUACUGCAUCGUCUGAUGGUACUGUCAGAAUGUGGAAGAUUGAAACACAAGUUGCAUCUGCAGUGAAAGUUUUCCCUCAUCCUUCAUUUGUUUACACUGCUAAGUACCACCCAGUUUCUGACUCUUUGGUGGUGACAGGAUGUUAUGAUGCUGUAAUUAGAAUAUGGAAUGCCAGUGUGAAAGAAAUCCAUGGGCAACUGCUACAAGAGCUUGAUGGUCACAAAAGUUUCAUCAACACGCUUUGUUUUGAUACUGAAGGGCUCCACAUGUUCUCAGGAGAUAGUUCAGGACUGAUAAUAGUUUGGGAUACAUCUGUGAAAGGAAGUUCUCAAUGCCUGUUUCAACACUGGAGAAUUAAUAAAGAAAUAAAAGAAAAUGAUCUUAAAGGAAUCCCAAUAAAUCAUUUGGAGGUGCAUCCAAAUGGAAGACGUUUAUUAAUCCAUGCCAAAGACAGUACCCUGAGAAUUACUGAUCUCAGAAUCUUGGCUACAAAGAAGUAUAUAGGUGCUACAAAUUACAGAGAGAAGAUUCACAGCACUUUAACACCAUGUGGUACGUUUCUUUUUUCUGGAAGCGAAGAUGGAAAAGCUUAUGUGUGGAAUCCAGAGACAGGAGAUCAGGUGGCAAUAUAUUCUGAACUUUCCUUCACAUCUCCACUUCGUGACGUUGCCUUUCAUCCACAUGAACAUAUGGUGUCAUUUUGUGCCUUUGGUCAAAACCAACCAAUACUUGUAUAUAUUUAUGAUUAUAAAGUUGCACAACAAGAAGCUGAACUUGUAAAGGAUCUCAGCUCAUCACUUAGCACAGCUUCUCCAAGAGGCCUGCAAAUUAGUAGCAGUUUUUCUGAAGUACCUAUGCAAAAAAGUUCAGUGAUGUCUCCAGCAGAUCAGUUUGCCAGUGUUGCAAGAACAUCAAUGCGAAUGCAAAAGCUGAAACAAAAACUUGAUUCUGUAAUGACAAGCUCAAAUCUCUUGCUUCCUGCUACAUCAUCACUGUCACCGCACUCCAAACUAAGACUGCCAAACUCUCUGAGCACUCCAUUGAAUCCUCUGUAUUCUUUCUCAGGUAAAAGCGGGUGUUUCAGCCCAGUAGGAAACCCUCUUAGCGGAACACUAUUGGGCAGAAUACAGAUGAGUGAUGACCGUCUAACUGCACUGGGGGAAAGAGGAGGAAGCAGUUGUCUGCUCGACCAAGAAACAGUAGUGGCUCUUUAUGACUACACAGCGCAUCGAUCAGAUGAGCUAACCAUCCAUCGCAGUGACAUUAUCCAAGUGUUAUACAAAGAUAAUGAUAACUGGUGGUUUGGCAGCCUAGCGAAUGGACAGCAAGGCUAUUUUCCAGCUAAUUAUGUGGCUGGUGAAAAAGAGUACGCAGAACAGCCUUCAGAACUAGUAUCAGACUGUGCUCCUCUUCUACCCAAAGGACCUGAAGAAAUAGAGGAAAGUUCCCCGACACCCCAUAAGAUGUCACCAGUCAUCAGUAAGUCAGGGGACCUGAAGUGCAUCUCAGAGCGUGACACAGAUAGAGACUCACCUGCAAUACAAAGCGUAAAGAAAAAGAAGAAAAGGAUACAGAAGAACGAGAUAGAAAAUCAGCCCUACUUAAUGGGUCUCGAUUCUCCUGUAUCAUCAGCUAAUGGUGUUGAAAAUGAACCUACAGCCCAUGGGGUGGAAUUGAAGAGGAAGAAAAGGGCGGUGAGAGGCUCAAACUUAAUCACAAGUGGAAAGACAAAUACUGCUUUUGAGCCUGAAUGCUAUGAUGUGUAGUCAUCAUUUAAUUCCAGAUACUGGUGUGACAUGCAGUGUACUCUUACAUUUGAAUGCUGCAACUGCAGCUUCACUUCUAGGAUUGACAAGAAAUCAACAACAACAAAGAAAUUAAUCAAAUGCACAAAAUGGUGCUGGUUGUGAGUUCCCAAUGGUGUAAGCCUGUUCAGAACAAUUUUGCUCAGGGUUCCUUGAAAUUAACAGAACUUGAAUGCUCAGCACCUCACUGUACUGGUAAAAUCUGAAAUGCACUUUCAUAUUUCAUGAGAACUCCACUGACAAAUGUAGUGUUAACCAUGUGAUUGUAUUCUAAGUCAGGCUGACCAGACAUUUCUGUGGACUGCAGAUCAGUGUACUGCAAGCAGAGAAUAGAGUCGUAAGUGUGAUCUAGAACAGAACAAGCCUUACCACAACUGAAGUCCUUGGAUAAGCAUUUUAUGGUUUUGUUGUAAGAUUGAGCAGGGUUCAGAAUGGUGAAAUUUCAAAGGAAUGCUGAUGUGACAUUGUACCUGAAAAAACAAGCUUUUAAGAAUUGUGUUCUCCUGAUGGGAAAUAUUCACUGGGACCACAUUUUGCAGCACUUAAGCGAAUGGUUUAGUAUCUAUGCAACUGCUCUGACUUCAUGGGACUACCCAUGCUUACCAAUACAAAUAAGUGUUGCAAAUUCCAGACACUUAUAUUUUCAAAUGAGGUUUUGUGCACAUAGUAAAGGUGCAUUGCAGUUUUGUCAGAGUUCCUGGCUGCUUUGGCAGAAGUCUUGCCAAAUAUACAUUCUUCUGUCUGAAUGAAAUAUUUUAUUUUAAAUUGUGUUGUUUGCUUUACUUUUUCAGUUGUAUGUCAUUAAUUGUUUUUUGGUUUUUUUUUUCUUGAGUAUUAUGUUGUACACUUUCACUAAUAAUUUCACUAAUUAUCUGCAAUUCUAAAUAAUUUAUGUUUUAUAUUAAAUGAAACACUUUCUAUCAGUUAGUGUUGAUAUUUUUUUCUGGCUGAUGAUGUCCAUUUUAUUUUUGCUCUGCUAGGAAAUUCUUCCUCCUCCCUCUCUGAAGCAAUAAAUAACAUAAAAUUAGAAAGCCCUUAUUUAGUAGAUGAGGCACUUGAUUCCAUUAAAAAAAGAAGUGAGAAAAACAGUGUUGGGCAGUGAUGUGUGAAAUGCCCCCAGAUGCAGAGCACUAGUUUCUAUAUAUUUUAAUAUCUUCCCUGCACAUAUACGAUUGCCAGAAAAAUCUGUGAACUUGUUUCUUUUCAGUGAAAAGGAGCAGAAAAUUUUCUUUUUAGUCCCAUUGGUAACAGUAACAUUUGCUUACAAUCCUAGCUACGUGUCUAAGUGCAUGUGUGUAGGAAGUUCUCCUCUAAAUGGGGCAUGUAUGUGUACUGGAACAUUAGGAAUCUCUUUUCCAGUGGUCAGUUGUAUAAAAUUAUCUUAGUCCUGGGACUGCUGCUUUUGGCAAGGUUCCUAGCUUCUUACAUUGCUGCUUUUUUUGCAAUGUAUUUGAAUUUAAAGGGAUUUAAAGACUUUAUAAUAGAGAAAAAUCUCAACAUCUUAGGUUGCUCUAAAAUAUCCUGGGUCACACUUAAAAUAAGGGUAGAGCAUGUGACAUCAGGCUCCGCGUCAGGAAGAGCUGAGCAGUAGCCAAGAUCUGGGAGCUCAUUGGAAGGCAUUGUAAAACAUUAAUUUGGCAUUGUGGAUGCUGAAGACAGAAAUAACACUUCAGAUAAACACCACGGAGAGAUGGUAGUUCUAAUCAAAGGCACAGCACCUCCUUUCAUGCUUGCGAACUAGGGCUCCAAUUAUGUUCACUGCUCUGAAGCUGAAUAGAGCUGCUUUGCCACACUUUCCAAAUUGAGAGGAGAGGCAGCAGCAGUGUCUUCCAAGGCAUGGUUCCAAAUAACAAUUAAGCAGAAGAAAUCAGAUAAGAGCCAAGCAUGAAAAUGUGUGGAGUUGGAAAUAAACUUUUCAUAAUGUUUUCUUGUAAUUGCAAUAUCUUUUGUUUCUGUAAUUUUUUCCUCCCUACCACGUGCUUGGCUGGACUCUUCUAUUGCUUUAUACCAGAUUACUGCUGUUUUAGAGCUUUUUGCAUUCGUUUGAUAGAAAAUGAAGAAAAGUAAGGAUCUGCAAUUAAAAAUUAAAAACCAGCUCCAAGUGUUCCUUCAGUAUUUAGGUUAGAACUUGCAGACAGAUCGCUUCUCAACAAAUUAUUGACAGGGCAUUAUAGAAAAGACAGUUUUUACUUUUUGUUUUCAAUUUUAGGAGUUUCUUCAUUCUUCAGAUAUUGUCAUUGGUAUUCUAAAGUUGCAAGAGAGUAAUACUUUUGAACGGUUUGGAAGAGGAUAGUGUUUUUUAAAUGGUUUGAAAUUAAACUUUCUAUAAUGCAUGUUGUUUCAAUGUUAAUGCAACCUACGUAUUUUUUUAUGUCACUUCAACAUGAACAUUGUGUGCAUUUGCUGACAGUUGUCCAAGUACUUAAAAGAAUUCACGGCAAGUUCAGAAUACCUAUUGAAAUUUUUCCUUGUUUGUGUAAGUUGAAGAACUAUAGUCAGUACUCUAAUACAUGAGUGCCCUGCAAAGUUGCUCACUAAGCCCUGAUAUGAAAUACCAGAAUUAAAAACAUCUGUUGGAGGAGUUUUUACAGGGUGAUACUGGUUCAUUGCUAGCACAACACAGAUAAAACCUUGUUUAAAAAAGGGUAAAUAGUGGAUAUUUAUAACUGCCUGGUGAUAACAGCACAGUAGGUCUUUCAUUGUUCUGGUGUUUUUUGAUUUUAUGUGUGUGUGUGGUUGCAACAUAGAGCUGCUAUUACAUUUUUAUAAUUUGGCAGAGAUAUUGUGAACAAUGAACGCAUAAAUUAACAAAAUAGGAACGAAGGGAUGGCACUUUUUUCCUGUGUUUCCCAAUAGCCUUCAGAUUGCAUUUAGUUUUUUUCCUUAAAAUAGUUUGAGGAACAGACAGCGUAGAACACAAUAAGUGUAUUUGUAGCAUCACUUAAUUCAGAAGGCAAUAGGGGAUGGAUCACAGUCAAACAAGGGCUAAUGAGAACACAGAGGAACAUGACAACCGAAAGUCUCUGUUGACUAGUGAACUAAAUCUGCCGGCUGGACCCAAUUGUCUGAUGGAGAAUUGAAUGUCAGGAUCACUUAGGGUUAACAAUGGCCCAUUACAAGCAAAAGCAGACAGCUAUGAAAAAUAGCCGGCAUGGUCGCCGUUCUGCAGAGUCUGUGGAUGCAAACUUGAUAAUGAGGCACUUCAUUCACUACAUCCUUCUGCUCUAAUUACUAAGGUGAAUAGGAAAUACUUCAUUUAAGGCGGGAACAGACUAAAGCAAAAACACUUGUUUGGUAAACACAAAGAGUGAUGGGGGGGGUCUAAUGAUCCUUUUCUAGCACAUAUGAAAUUAGUAUGUGUGCAGUACAGCCUAUUUAAUGGAUGUGAAUUUGGGAGGGGAUAGGAGUGUUUUUGAACAGUAAAGGAGGGCUGAAAAGAUUCAUGUACAGGCUUGUGCUGAGGUUUCUUUCCUAAGUGUUCUAUCCUAUGGCUACAUAGAAUGUUUUGGACAAGCUAAUAUGUGGAUGUACACCUGCACUUGUAAAAACAUAUUGCAUCAGUUCAAGGGCUUACAUUGCUUGAAGUAUAAAUACGUGCAUUAGGAGAAGAACUGUUGCAUGUAAGGAAUAGAAACAAGCAGAGGUCUGAGAGAGGGAAAUAAGCAGCUUAAGAAGAAGACUACUGUCUGGGUGAGACUUGCAAGAAUGUGGCAAUUAGAAAUUGGAACUUAAGAAGAAGGAACAGAAGAUAGAGGGCAGGCGUGUUAGAGCAGAGCUUGGGUGUUUUUUGGACUUCAGAAAUUAAGAUAUUUAACCACUUCAUCUUUUGAUACAUUUAAAUGUUGUGCUAUUUACAGGAGCUUGGAUGAAAUCUUGGAGCCUGUGAUGAAUGUUCUCCUGUGGCUUCUCAGAAAUCCAUGACUCAGCCAUAACUUUGAGCUGGAAUCCAGAAAGCUCCACACAUCUGGCCUAUGCUGUUGGGGGUGGCUGGCACUUUAGUUCCCUAAUUCUGCUGCUGGCACAGAUCUUUAGAGGGCACUUUUCUAGCUGUUGUCUGCUGCCAUGUGUGCCUCUACUUCGGUUUAUUGUCCUCUGGCCUCUUUGUCCACUGUAAAGCAGAGCAGUGAUGAGAACAUCACACACGACAUUUAUCUACUAGUUGGAGCAUCAUGUGUCAUACAAAUGAACUGUUAUACAGAAAUGUGCCUCACACACAGUGUUACUGGCAAAUGCUGUGCCUGUUACAUUCUGGCUGGCUGCUGCCUUUCCCUUCAGGGCGCUCUGUUCUCCAGUGGUUACACGUGUAUUGAGAGUCCCAGUCCUGUAAGCUGCUCAGAGUCAAUGCACCACUGUACUCAAAGCUCCAGCAGAGCUGGCCAGGCUUCUAGGAGCCACAUCAUGGCUGCAGUUUGUACAACAAUGUAAGCUGACUUAAAAGAUUGCAAAAAUAAUUUUAGCUGGCUCUCAUAAAUGAAAAUGAUAGCUCUGCUACGGAGUUCCCACCUACAAUUUCAGCUACCUGUUUUGUGUUGGUUGUUUUUUUUUUUGGUUCUUUUUUUGUGAGGAUUUUUUCAGGCCAAAUUAAUUUGCACAGUUUGGUUGUGGCAAACAAGCUGAUGAGUCCUGUAUAAUGCUCAAAUGCAAAUACUCGGAAGAAACUGCAGAUGCCACAUUUAGAAGAAAAAUGUUUCCACACCGGUAAAGCAAUAUCAGUAAAAUCUAUGCACUGAGAAGACAUCACAUUCUUUUUGCACUUAUAUCGCCUGCACAGGCAGGGAGCAUAAUAAACUAGUGUGUAGCAGCUGUAAAUUUUCUGAGGAUUUAUCUAACCACAAAUACAUCGAAAUGGGGAAAUAGGGCUAUAUUAAACUGUGCAAGAUGCUGCUGGAACUCAGCCACUUCUGCAACAUCCUGUAAUUAAUUUAUUAUGACAGGUCUGGCAAACUGAAACACUCAAUACACUUGCGACAGACUGUUAUGAUAUAGCUGUUUGAAAACCCUGAAGUCACAUAAAAUGCAGGUAUAACUGGAAAGGAAAAAGAAAAAAAAAAGAAAAAAAGCAUCAGCCCAACAUUGCCCUUAUUUCUCUGAAUCUAGAAAUCUUUCCCAGAGCCACAUUUGCUAACAUCAGGCAGUGUCUGUGGCAGAGGCAGAGCAGCGUAUGAGCUGAAAAGGAAAUCCUUGCAGAAUAUAUUGGCUUAGAUCCUACUCUGCUGGGAGUCAGAAGGGCAGUUAAUAAUGUUCUGUGGGCAUGCUCAGCGAAGGAGCCCCUUUUUCGUACGCUGAGUCAGUGCAGGCCCUAUGAAAUUCUGAACUGGAGCUGAAACACUCAGCAAUGGUUUAAUUUUCAUUUGAUUGCUCCUUAUCUUUGGUUUUUUGCCCGUGCUAAAAACAUUUGAUUUUACUUAAUAAUAGUGAAGAGAUUCCAACGAAAUUCUAUGAGCUGCGGAAUGAAUUGGUACAAAUUUCUCACAAAUCAUUUUUUUAUGUCUCAUUGUUUUGUUCUGAGGGAGAUGAUUAAAGUAGGUUCUCCAUGCACUGUACGACUGUAUCAAUAGAAGAAAAUCCUUCUUCCCGCCUUCCCAAAUUUUCUUAAGAAGAAUAGGUGGUUUUGCUUCUGUGCUUUCACUUCUUGUUUUAAAGUGCACAAAUUAAGCCUUUCUGAGUCUAUCCACAUCUGCAGGUGAGAGGAGCAUGGUAAAUGCAAUUAGUGCUCAUCCCCACGUGUUACUCAUUUGGCAGUGGUUGUUUAUCACAGACUGGAAAUGUUCCUUUAGUUCCACUGCAAAAGUGGUUUCUUUUGCCAUUGCGUCAUCAAACAUUUUUUUUUCUGUGUAUGUCAUGGGGAUUUUUGACACCUUUGCAAGGACACUUUGUGAAGCAAGUUAAUUUUAUGUUCUGGGUUAGUUUUAGUGCUUAACGGAAGUGUACAGUCUUGGCUAUAGGAGUGACAUCAGCCCCAGACUCAUUAAAAGAAAUGCCAUCUAAAGCCAAGCUCUAACAGCCCACAUAAGCCUAUAAUAAGCUUACAGGGGGUGGUUAAUCCCCAUUGUAGUUUGGUAUAAUGUCAUAAAGAGAAGAUGACAUCAUGAAAAGGGCAGAAGGGGCACUCAGCGCACUCUGCAUUGUGGCCCAGGACACUGGCCAGACUCCCUCCCCAUCCCUUCUGCUAAACAGCAGCAUGGCUGGUCCUGACUGGACCCGAGUUGCUUCUGAGGGUGUCUAAAAGCAUCUUUUCUGUUAAUGCAGGUGGAAUGCUCAUACAGCUCUGAGGUGGGGCUGCUCUGAGCUGGCAUGGGCUCAGGCUCACUGCUUUCCAGGUGUGAGCUGAGUCCUUAAACCAGCACAGGUGAGGAGGCUGGAAGCUCUGACAGGCUCCUUGCCACAUGCUUGAGUGAAAUGGUGGCUGCAGCUGCUUUUUCUUUCCAUUCUAUCAGGCGAGGUUGUUGUUUUUUGUGUUUUUUGUGUUUUUUUAAAGAUAGAAAAAGCCUUCGAUGACAGUUCUUGGAAUUCAGCAUUGCUGGAAUUUAGCUCCUUAUACUCUUUGGCAACAAAAUAGCUUAGGGUUUCAGGUCACAUUUGGAAACUUGAGCAACCAGCAUUUGCUGAGAGUCCCCGAAGGCAGUUUUUUGACAUCAGGUUCAUAUGCCAAGAGGUAUAGACUUGGCUGCCUGAAAUUCAGUCUGUGAAUAGCCUGAAUUCACAAGGUGGGAAGAAGAAAUCUGUUAAUGCCUAGGUUCUGAUUGUUGAACAAAUUACUGAGGGGCAGAAACCCAUGUGAACAUUAUCUGAAAGUACCAUUGCCUGCUUCCUGUUCUCCCCGUUACUGAGAUCCACCUCUCAACACCCUCAGAUUAAUGCAGAUUAUCGUGUAGUAAAAGCCUGAUUCACCUUGGCUCACCAGGAGAGCUUUGGCUUUCAUUACUUCUUUUUCUGGAUAAUACUUAGCAUUCAUUUUUUCAUGCCAGUAAAACAGACAUGAGCCAAUAUAGGGCCAGUAACUGAUAGUCAUAUCACCACCAAUGAAGGUUCCUCCUUGGCUAUGAAAAACUGAGAGGAUUGGAGGAGAAUUUCAUAAAACUGAAAUUCCUUUCUGCCUAAGCAACAAGUGCACAUAGACUUAUUCCGCCACCAAAAGAUUAGCCUAACAUUUAGCUCCAGUUGCUUAUUCUAGGAAUAAGUUUUACAUGGAGAGGAAAGAUCGAGUGCUGUAGCACACUGAGGUUGACACAUGGCUCAGACAAAGCCAGGAUUCAGUCUUUGUAGGCUGAGGUUGCUUCACUGAGUCAUCCAAACUUUGCCAGGCUCCCACGCUAGGAGUAGCACUGUAACAUCCAUGAAUGUGUUGGGGUAUCACUUUUUUUUAAUUAUUAUUGUUUUCCUUUUUUGAAUGUGUGGUAAUAUGUAUUGGAAACUUAUCUCUGUAUCAUUGAAGAAACCUGUUCCUAAUUUGUUUGAACUCUUGGUAUCCUUUUUUCUGGAACACUGCCAUCUUAUUGUGGACCUGGAAUCAGGCAAGCUUAGAGCUUUUCUUGGGACUCUACAGUGAAAGACACAGCUUCCAAAUUUGAAGACAUGCGUAUCUGUACCUGAAACUUCAGCUGGGCAGUAGUUAGCCUCUCUUGCAGAGUUCCCUUGUGCCUGGAAGUUUCUUGCAUGAGAAUAUUUUGCAGGGUCAGAUUGGAUUUCACGAGUUCAGUCAGAAAGAAGCAAGGGGUUUGCUUGUGCCAUGCCAAGCCCAUACACUUGCCAUUUGAUCCUGUGCACAGCCAGCAGAGGAGCACGCGAGCAGCACGCUGUCACUUUGCUGCUUGGUGCAGAAGCACGGAUCAGGCACACUGAGGACCCGGGACUUAACGAUGCUGCUCCCACCCUCCCUCAGAACCUUUCACCACUCCCUGCUGGCCUCCUGCCUCCGCUCUAGCAUUCCAGCUAUGAAAUGGAGAAAUGGGAUGGGUGGCAGCAUGCCAGGCGCCUGGGCACCAAAGCCCACGCCUCUCUCUGGCGGACACCCUGCCAUCCAUCCCCAGUGACUCACUUCUUCGUACAGCUCAAAGAACUUAUUCACUCCUGGACAAAUGUGUGCAAAUAUUGAUAGAGCUGCCUUGUUUUGUACCGGCCUUUUUGAAGCACGGGGUUUUUGUUUAGGUUGGUUGGCUGGUGGUUUGCUUCUAUCAUUAUAACUUUCUUUGACUGGAAAGAUUUGAAUGGAACUGGUUUUUGCUGCUUCUGCCCUAACGUGCUGAAGCAUCUGCUGUGGGAGGAAAUGCACUUCACCAAAUUCAGUGUAAAGCUGUGGAAUCACAGUGCUCUCCAAACACCAAGGAAAUAAUUUCACAGAGUAUGUCAAAGUGGCUUUUUGUUCCCAUUUUGUUGGAUGUAAUUUGCAUCUGUUUUCAUGGCUUUUUUUCCUAAUGUUUUAAACUGAAAUAUGAUUGAUUAACUUUAAUCUUUAACAGUUAUCUAAAAAUCAAUGACCUUGUUCUCCUAAUUCAUGUUUUAUGGUAUUUAACAAAAAUACCAGCAGUGAUUUUUAAGAUAAUUAAAAAUAAUAAUAAUAAUAAUAAUUGAAGUGUCGCAGGAAGUGUUGACAGUAUUGAUAGUUUGUCACAGAAAAUUUCUCUGCUUCCUUGAUGACAUUUUUUUUAAGUAAAACCUUUGUUUAAAAAACACUGAUGUUGAAUGCUCUAAUGAAUUUCCUUUCUGGUAGUGCAACUGUUCUAAGCGAAUGAGGCUGCACCGUAGGUGUAACAAAUGUUGAUGUUGGUAAGAUUUUUGUUGCUGGCUCAUAUGUUGUUUUUAAUAAAUGAAGAGAAAUACGGUCUAGAUGAAACUAUCGUGAGGAGUUGAUGCAUAACUAAUUAAAAAAGAAAAGCUGCAUUCAAAAAAGACUUACCCAAUUUUAGUUAUCAUACCAAGGAGAUAUUGCAGGGGAGGUCCCUGAGGUCAGUUCUCUGUCACUUCUAUUCACUAUUUCCAUUAAUGAGUUGGGUGAUGUUGUAGGAUUUGUAAAAUUUGAGUGUGACACCAAGAGUUUGAAUGCUCUUUGCAGGACAUGACCAUAAUUAAAAAUGAUUCUGGAAAAUAAAACAAAUGAUGAAAUUACCAAAAUAGCACUCAGCGUAAAAUACAGGAAGAUGGAAACAAAAGGCAAAUAUAUAAAAUACAUCUUGGUUUUAUUGGAAAAAAAAAUAUGCUAGGGACAGUAGGCUCAAACACAAAGUGAAUCAAUAAUACACUGUCUUUUUUUUUUUUUUUUUUUUUUUUCCAAAGAAAGUUAUCUGAGUGUUGAUAUUAGUAGGGAUAAAAUGUGUCCCUGAUGUUGUUGAACAUCUGAUGUAGUGUCACCAGGAAUACUUUGCUUUAGUUUUAGUCACUGCAUACUGAAUCCUGUAGACAAACUGAAGAGAUCCCAGGGAAAAGCAGUGACAACAUGACAGCGAUCCUUAAUCUUGUGUAGGUUUUUAUAGAAAGCAGCAGCUUAGCAGCCCUCUGUUUUGUAUAAUCUAUGUGUUUGUUUUUGUUUUUGUUUGUGUAACAUAGCUAUUAUUUUUUCUCUGUGUUUGGUGGGCAAGAUUAGUUUUGUUUGACAGCAGUGCGACAGAGCAAAAACAAGUAUUUCCGGGACCAUCUAAAUUAGAUGGUCAUAUGUUUGCUUUCAUUCUCUGUGUUACAUGUAUUAUUAGUUGCCUUUUUUUACCUUUAAUAUAGCAUUGGUAAGACCUACUAGAUCAGUGCUGGGGCUUGACUGCUCUUAGAAAAAAAAAUGACAGUGAAAGUGUUUUAAUCAUUAUCUUCCCUGUUGUAAAUCUCUAACUGGAGCAAAAAUCCUGACCCUGAGUCUUUCUCCAGAACUCCUGAGCCCAUGGCUAUUCAGUUUUAAUCGUACUGUUCCAGUGAUUUAUGGUAUGGCCUUGGGUAGAUUGAACCUCCACCUCUAUUUCCCUGUCUUUAGCUGGAGAUACUAAUAUUUCUCCUGGAGACAGCCCGGGAGCUAAUCUGUAUAAGAAUGCCUUGACAAUAUGCAGUCCUCAAGCCCUUGUCUAACAUCAUCUCAAAAGUUUGGCUGUCGUGCACUGGUAUGACUCAGUAAGUAGUUGGCAAAUAGUCUGUAUUUAUGGUGAGACUAAGUUUGGAGGGUUUUUUUAACAUACUUUUGUAAACUUGCAGUGUUCAGUCUUACAGCUUGGAUAGAUAUUUGUAUUGAUCUUAUUUUGGGGGACUGGCAAUAGCAGAUGUAUGAUGAAAAAGCUCUGAAGAAGGUCUUUCUUUGGAAGGGAGGAUUAUUCAGCUGUAUUGGUGACUUUAAGACAACACGCUUUCCCCUGGCAGCUCUCAAACAGGCUGUAGAGCAAGCCCUGCUGGAGCAAAAAUCUGGGGUGGAAGUCUAGCCAGAAAAAGCCUUGAAGUGUAUUCCAUGGCAAGGAAAGAGAAGUCUUUUUCCCUCAGGUUUCUUGCAUUCGUAAGUGAUAAUUACCAUCAAAACAGAGAAGAUAAAUACUGGAUAAGCUGUCAGAGAAAGUACUCAAGUUGUUGUACCCCACAAACAGGAAUGCACCUAGCACUUUGAACAGUGUGCUAAUUUGAUGGCAAAACACAUUAAGAAGUAAUAGGGGAAACGGUGCUUUUUUUUUACAAUAUUUGAAAUAAAAAUGCAGUGCCAAAAGAUCCAAGGGUCCUGCUGCAGUUCUGGUGCUCAUCUCACUAGUGAGCACACCCUCAUUGAGGGUUGGAAGUACCUUUAUGUUGAAACUGGACUAGCAGAGGCUGUAACCACUUAGGCUGUUGAAAAAUAUGUGGCCUACUACUAUGGUAGGGAAGGAGGGACUCCCAGUGGGUCCUGACCUGUGCACCUUCAGUUCAUCAACUCACUGAGCAAUAUGUUUAAACCAGAAUAAAUACCACAGUCCACUUGGAAAUAUUUCAUCAUUGUAAACUGGGCCUUUUUUCAAGUCUGUUUUUCUUCUUUUGUGAUUUCAGUCAGUGAGUGAUUUGUAAUGAUCUCACGUUUUUUUUUCUCAAUGGAGGAACCUUUCUCCAAGUCUCAAAAUUAACACUAUUUCUAUUCAGGAAAUAUUGUAGCCAGUGAAUGUAACAGUUUGGCAGAAAGGAGAGAAAUAGUAGUCAGGAAAUUAACUUCUCUGUGUUUUGGUUGGGUUAUUUUCUCCACCCUUUCCAGUUCCCACAAACACCCUGAAAAUGCCAAAUUUACUCAAGUAUUAGGCUGAGAAAUCACUUUUUGCCUUCCAGCAAAAUGUAUUCACUCCAACUCUAUUUUAGUUUCAUACUAUACCAAGUACAUACGGAUUUUAUAGCAUUUACAUUGAAUAAUCCGACCAACCAUUAAAAUAACUUUGGAUUUGGUGGCAAGUGAUGGAAGCUGCACAUUUGUUCUACAGCAACUGAUGUACAGCUGAAUGCACUCAAUUUAUUUUAUUGUCUGUGGUGAGAACCAAACUUGGCCCUGAGAAGGUUCCUCCAUUGUCUGCUCUAAAGAGGAGCAGCUUCAGGGUUUAACUUCCACCCUCCGUCCCUUAUACAAGCUGAUUUACUAUAAACUUUAAAAUGCAGAAUUUCUGACAGUAUAAAUGUUUACACUAUUUUAUUUCUGGGCAGGUUGCACUGAAGCCAUGGGAGCUGCUUGGCAUAGCUGCUCUGUAUGGACCUGAUUGACCUCUGCAUGCAUUUUAGCAGUGGUGCUGAUGGCAGAGAGGUUCUGGGAGGCCUAAAUAAAAAUGAGGCACUCAGAUGCACUGGGUCUGGGCAAUGCUGUUCCUCAUCCAGCUUUCUGUAUGCACAGCCUUUGCUGUGUGCUCCCGUGGUGCUGUGCUCACCCUUCAUCCAUAGGGAAACAUCAGGCUCUGGCUGCUCAGCUGCUGGUACUUCAUGUAGGUCAUGCUGACAGCACCUAUUGUUCCCAUGCAUUUGAAGGGCAUCCAAGUUUUGGCAUCAUUAGAUUAUUGCCAUGGUGCUCAGGUUGCAGAUCCUGUACAAUAAAGGAGUUCUGCUUCAUGUUCAAUCGCUACAAGCUGUUAUCUGCAGCUUUCAUCUAGUCUCCAUUAAUGAAAGAACAAAUCAUUCCAAGGACUAAAUAGAUGUUUGACCACUCAAACAUAUGCAAAGUGAUAUGAUUUAUGAGUGGGAGGAAGUCAUUUUGCAAGCUCAAAUUCCACUUGCUUUGGAAUUUUAGUGUAACAGAGUGAAUCCAGUCAAGUCCUGAAAGUCCUGAGCAAUGGCACUAGUAGCCUUGUGUGGUCUGCAAGGAGUACAUUUUGUGUUACUAAGCUGUAUGAGCUUUCAUCUGAAGACUUAAAGAACAAUAUUUCUAAAUCUCAUUUGGUUUCAUUUAUUAAUACUGUUGACAGUGCUGCAAAGAGGAAAAGAAGACUAUUCUCUAUGAGAUUUGCCAAUCAAAAUGGAAGGAAUGAGCUUGAAAUGCAACAUCUCCACUGCUGAGGACACGCAAGAGGAGGCUGAGCAAAUCUGCUGCAGGAAUGGUUCAUAGGCUUGGUGCUGCCUAACAACAGUGGAAUUAACAUGACAUCUUGAGAUUCUUUACAACUGCAUUUUCUAUUCUUUUUUGCCAAUAUAAUGUAUAAAGCUUGCUGCUGGAGUGUCUUGGCACUGGUGGCAGACCUCCUUCUCUUUCAUGGGUCUGAGCCAUCACUCCGCUUGCUAUCACAGCUGUAGCAUGUAGCAGGCCAUUUUGUGGAGGGCCAGGCCUGUGGUGGCAGCUGAGGUAUCCUGAGCUCCAGGCUGGUGAGGUGUUUUGAGCUGGUUCGUUGAAGUGAAUCUGGGAGCAACCAGCAGCACCAGCACUGAAUCUGAACUCAUGGUGCCAGCAUUCUUCAGCAUUAUCCCUCCUACAGCCUGCUGUGUCCUGUGUGUCCUAUAUGUCCUGUGUUUACCAAAACCACCUUAUUUAUGACUACAGAGGCUUUGACGAGUCAGAAUUGAGGGUUUGUCACAACUGAAGACCGGCCAUAGAGCUCUCUCUCCACCCUGAAAACUGAGGUACGGAAAUCAUGAAAGACGGUCAGAAAAACAGAACCAGGCAGCAGGCAUCUCAGUUAUUUUUUCUGUAUGUACCUGUCUCACCUCCGAACAUGGCCAGACCAAAGGAUGAAGGUAAAAAUAAGCUCAGGGGUCACUUUCCUAUUAGGCCCUCUUUUAAUGGCCUUGCUCAGCUUUUUUUCGUGGUGCCAUUCUUGAAGCUGUGGUGGGCAGCUGGGGGAUCCAGAGCAGAGCUCAGCUGUCACUUGGGGUGACCUGCGAGGACGUGUGCAGAGAAGUAAACAUACCUCGGCUUCCUGACAGCCAUCUAGCUAGUGAGGUGAUGAAAAUUAGAUAAAUAUUUGAGACUUGUAAAUAAUAAUGAUCAGCAUUUUCUUCUUAUUGGGGGAGGUAUAAAUAGCAAGAAUGAGAUGAAAAUGAGAAGCAAAACUUAGCCUGCAUGUAAAUGGAAGAAUCCUAACACUGGGAUUGGGGAAUAAUCUCCCCAGGGGAGCAUUGGAAGCCCAUAGUUUAGGACCUGAACAACCAGACAGAGAAGGAGCGCAAGAAACUGCAUCAUGGGGAAUGCCUCUGCCUUUUGCAGAGGUAAUUCAAUUUCACCUGGCUUCUUCCAGAAAGAAAGUUAAGGAUUGUAAGUCUUCUUGGCCACUUCUCCUUGAAGAUCCAAAGGAAUGUUUAAUGUUGACAUCUCAGCCAAGCUAGGUCUUUGGGAAUUCUUAUCUAUCCUCAAAUUCUUAUCUCUAUGUUCAGUUGUUUAUAUUUCCCAACUUCCUGUCUACAGUACUUAUCCAAGUUUAUUGUUUAGUUCUACUAUUCCUUGUUUAACAACUUUUCCUUUAUGCUCAAGCAUUGGCUGUGCUUCAGCAGUGAGUGAUUUCUGUGUUUAUCUUCACGUUCUCAUUCAGGUGUGAGAAACAACAUGCUAGUGCUUGGAACAGCCUCAAAGAUCCCAAGAUGCAAAGUUUUCCCAGUACUCUGGCAGUCUUUUUUUUUUUUUUUUCAGCCUUGUAGCAACCUUUUAGUUUGUGCCAUUGUUUUGGACUUCAUUUUGUUACUCACUUAACUUUAAACUUGGGUGGUGCAUUGAGUUUUGUUGGGUGGAUUUUUCUGGGGGGAGGAUGGAGGGUGGUAAUGUUUUUUUCUUAGGUCCACUCCAGGCAAAAAAAGGGUUAAUUACUCUCAGUAAAACAUUGCCAGUCACUAGAGACUGCUGCAACUGAGAUGAAAAACAAGACUGCACCUGUAUGCUGGCAAUUUCACAUAGAUUCUGGUCAACUAUUUUUCUCUAGCGCUUUGUUCUGCCAGCUGCCUCAAUGCUUUGGAUGCAGGUGGAAGGAUGGACUUUGCUAUCUAUAAAAAAAUUAAAUGGUGAAGACCAACUUCCGCUUCACCUCCCUGGGGAUCAAAGUUAUUGUAUUGCCACAUAGCAUGGCAAGGCACAAAACAGGCAACAGGAUGUGUGUGCCUGACUGCUGCGCGGACUCAAAAGAAAUUUUUUGAAAGUUUCCCCUUUCUUUUCCCUUUCCCUUUCUUCUUCUUUUUCUUUUUUUUCUCUUUUUGCAUUUUUUUUUUCUUUCUUUCUUUUUUUCCUUUUUUUCUUUUCUUUCUUUCUUCUUUUUUUAAUCUUGAAAGACAGUGACUGCAUGGAAGGAAUCCCAAACUGAGUACAGUAUAGAGAAGAGAGAAGCAGCCACUUUAUAAUACGUGCCACACCUUAUCAUUAUUAUAUUUCCUCAACAGAGGAGCUUUGUAUUUCUUCCAAUAAUCUGAUGUGAGGCAAAAGAUUGUGCGGGAGCACUAAUUGUAGGGCUUGAUGUGUGCUCACAAAAGAAGUUCUCACAGAGACCCUAUAGAUUUAUGUCAUAACGUGCUGCUGUAGGAUGAAAAUAAAUAGUCCCACCUGCUCAUGAAGGUACCUUCAUUGCCCGUAGUGGUGCAGCAGAUAGCACACAGACCCUUUGAAGGGCUGUAUCUAUUCUCAUGACAAUAUAAAACUCUUAAAUAAAUCUGGUAACAGCAAACUCUGCUUAGCACAAUGGCAACUUUCUGAGGUUGCCUUACAGUGUGUCAUACAAGAAUGCACUCCUUCAUAUUUUUAACCACUGUUGUGAUAGAAAUAAACAACAAUUUGAUAGUGAAGAUAUUUAAAUUUCAAGGAAGCAUAAAACUUGUAAGAUAAGUUUCCACUAAAGGACUGUUGGUAUAGGGAAAAUCCCAAAAUAUUCAUUGGAAAACUGCACAGAGCUCUGUAUUGUUUGUGUGGGCUUUGGAAAUACUAUUAGAAGAAAAGACUUUUUUUUUUUCCUCUCUCUCUUUUUACUCAGUGGUAUGAACGUGAGUUUAACUUAGGUUAUUUUCUAAGAUUACUCUUUUACAUCACUACUCUAUAACCCUAAGCCUUCAAAGUGUCUUAAAAAGAGGAAAAAAUACAGAAGUUGCUAAAUGGAGAUCAACGAGUUACAGCAGCUGAAAAUAACCCACAUGAAUAUUGCAAUGAAAUAUGCGGGGGCUCUGAAACAGGUAGUUGGUUUGUUGGUUUGGUGUUUUUAAUUGUAUUUUGAGUUGCCUUCUCAUGGUAGUCUAUCUUUAAUCAGUGUAUUUUUAUGUUCAUGGCAUGGGUAGCUGGCUACAGAAUAACAUUUGGUAUUUAGAACGAUUAUGAAAAUCUCACAUGCCAAGACAUGCCAUGGAAUAUACUGAGCUGGUUUGUAGAUGUGUCUACUGCAACAGGUACCAUCAUCUGGUGUGAGAGGCAAGAUGUAACAGGGGUUGAACAAGGGAUCUUGUCUGAUUUUGUAUACAGUGUCCUCCUAUGCAUUCUGGCAUUUGGACUCUCUCACGUGUGGCAUGAAGGACACAUUUAACUUUGUGUAGGAAGGUCUUGCUGAUGCUCAUUUUACAAUGCUAGCUUCAUAUGUAGUCAUGGGACACCUCUUUGUCCUACGUGCCUCAUAUAACUUAUGAAUGCUCCUAUAGCUGUGAUUAUUGAAGGACAUGGGUGAGAUUCUGCUACCUGCUACAAAGAACAAAGUCAGUAAUAUUUUUGCACUGGUUCAACUGUUAGUCUAAGCUGUAUCUGG